CGGGUAUUUUUAAUUCUAAUAACUAAUCCAUGUCUGGAAAUUAACUUUUUUCUCCCUAAGCGGACGUGAUAAAGUCUUCAGGAUACUUUUCCCCUACUAUUUUUAAAGGAAUCCAUAGAGUUGGACCAUGAAGCUGAUCAUCCUGAAUGACUACGACCAGGCAAGCGAGUGGGCGGCAAAGUACAUCAGAAACAAGAUUCUGCUCUUCAAACCGGGGCCCAACAAGUUCUUCACACUAGGACUCCCCACAGGAAGCACUCCUUUAGGAUGCUACAAGAAGCUGAUUGAAUACUACAAGAAUGGCGAAAUCUCCUUUGAAUUUGUGAAAACCUUCAACAUGGACGAAUACGUCGGGCUCCCCAGAGAUCACCCCGAGAGCUACCACUCCUUCAUGUGGAACAACUUCUUCAAGCACGUCGACAUACGCGCGGAGAACGCCCACAUUCUCGACGGAAACGCCGCCGACCUGCAGGCAGAGUGCAGCUCCUUCGAGGACAAGAUAAAAGAGGCCGGAGGGAUCGAGCUGUUUGUCGGGGGGAUUGGACCCGAUGGCCACAUCGCCUUCAACGAGCCUGGGUCCAGCUUGGUUUCCAGAACCAGAGUGAAGACGCUGGCGAAAGACACCAUCAUGGCCAACGCUCGAUUCUUCGAUGGAGAUCUCUCCAAAGUGCCCACCAUGGCGCUGACAGUUGGAGUGGGCACCGUCAUGGAUGCAAAAGAGGUCAUGGUUCUUAUCACUGGCUCACACAAGGCAUUUGCUUUGUACAAAGCGAUAGAAGAAGGUGUCAAUCACAUGUGGACGGUGUCUGCCUUCCAGCAGCACCCGCAGACCAUUUUUGUGUGCGACGAGGACGCCACGCUGGAGCUGCGGGUCAAGACUGUCAAGUACUUCCAAGGGAUGAUGCAUGUGCACAACAUGCUGGUGGAAGCACUGCCAUCACAACAGAAGAAGAACUGAAGGGACUGUGACGAAUGAGGCGUUCACCAUAAAAACAUACACUCCAAUCAUUCCACGUACUCUUUUUAUCUCCAUCUAGAGAUAGCGGUGAACAUUCACAUUGCUGAUUCUAAUGGUACAGUCCAGGCUGUCGGGUUUUAAUAAAUGCCCAUGCAGCCUCCUGUCGUUUUUGUUCUUUGUAAUAAAAUGCUUGAUUUAAAUGA